AUGGAACCAGCUUCGCAGCCCCAGCCGGUCCAAGCACCAAACUCUCGGAUCCGCCGCGCGGUCUCGCGGCCCUGGGACUUCCUCAAAGCUCACCUCCGCCCCGUCUGCCAAUACGUCCGCCGGCACUUCACCCGCCCCAGCGCCUCCGACGACGCGGCGCGCGCCCUCGCCCUCGCCCGCCGCCAAGCCCACCUGCAGGUGCUGCGGGCCAACUUCCGCCCCGACGUCGUGCAGAGCCUGCAGGAGACGCCGUGGCUCGCGGCGCACCUCGCUGCCGGCGGGGAGGGCGCGUGGGACGAGAGCCAGCGGACGUUUCCCGACCGCGUGGCGGGCCACGUCCUCACGCGCCUGCAGAUGCAGAACUUUAACUUUGUCGAGAGGGGGCAGGUGAAUCUGCCGGCGCGGUCGGUGCGCCACCUGGAGUCGAUCAUGGAGCUUGUCUUUGUGGAGGAGGUUGCGAGGAAGAUGGCGGUGAUGAUGCGGGAGGCAUGGGUGGAUCCUGAGGGACCUAGCUGGUGGUGGGUUUUUAGGCAUAAGACUGUCGCGGAGUGGUUGAGGGCUGUGGUUGAGCUGCAGUUUUCUUGA